CAUGAGCUCGGCUGGCAACAGUACAACAUGGGAAACUGCAUGUAUGGAUUGUGUGACUCUUUUGGUUGUUCGAAAAACACUAAUAUUCGAUUAAAGCUGCCUGCUGUCUGUUUUAUUUGGCAGAUAGCAAUGAUCAUCCUUUUUGGUAUUUUUGUCCGAUACAACGAAGAGUCGGAUACCCAUUGGAUAGAGCACAAAAAGACCAAGCGCAAUUUAUCUGAUAUCGAAAAUGACUUCUACUACAGGUACCCAAGUUUCCAGGAUGUCCAUGUGAUGAUUUUUGUGGGCUUUGGGUUCCUCAUGACCUUUUUAAAGCGUUACAGCUUUGGUGCAGUGGGCUUCAACUUCCUCAUUGCUGCCUUCGGAAUCCAGUGGGCUUUACUGAUGCAGGGCUGGUUUCACUCCUUUGGCACUGGGAAGAUCUUAAUUGCGGUAGAAAACCUCAUCAAUGCUGACUUCUGUGUGGGAAGCUGCCUGAUCGCCUAUGGUGCUGUGCUGGGCAAAGUCAGUCCAGUCCAGCUGCUAGUGAUGACGCUAUGUGGGGUUACACUGUUUGCAAUUGAUGAAUUUAUUAUCCUCAAUGUUAUCCACGCCAAGGAUGCUGGGGGCUCCAUGUCAAUCCAUACUUUUGGUGCUUGUUAUGGUCUGGCCAUCUCUUGGGUUCUCUAUCGGCCAGACCUCAAUCAAAGUAAACGACUGCUGGGCUCUGUCUACCACUCGGAUGUCUUUGCCAUGAUUGGCACCCUUUUCCUAUGGCUGUUUUGGCCCAGUUUCAACUCCGCAAUUUGCAGUCACGGGGAUGGUCAGCACCGCGCUGCCAUCAAUACCUACCUUGCCCUUGCUUCCACUGUUCUCACCAGUGUGGCCAUAUCCAGUUUAAGCAAGGACAAGGGCAAGCUGGACAUGGUGCAUAUCCAGAACUCCACCUUGGCUGGGGGUGUGGCAGUGGGGACUGCUGCUGAGUUUAUGCUCAUGCCUUACGGGGCUCUGAUUGUGGGCUUUUGCUGUGGCAUCAUCUCCACUUUAGGCUAUGUUUACGUCACGCCAUUCCUGGAGAAGAAUCUAAAAAUUCAGGAUACGUGUGGAAUCAACAACCUGCAUUGCAUGCCAGGGAUCAUUGGGGGUAUUGUGGGGGCCAUAUCCGCUGCUGGUGCCACUGAAUAUGUCUAUGGAUCAGAGGGGCUUGCAGCAAUGUUUCCGAUGGUCCCCCGUUUGCAAGGGGGACACCAAGCAGCUGGACUCUGUGUCGCUAUUGUUUUUGGAAUUGGUGGAGGAAUAGCUGUGGGCACUGUUCUAAAAUUGCCCAUCUGGGGAGACCCAGCAGAUGACAACUGCUUCGAUGACGAGGUGUAUUGGGAGCUACCUGAAGAUGAAGAGAGUCAUUCAGUCAUCCUCGAAUACAACAACCACAUGAGAAAUAAACAUCAAGACGUGUGUGAAACAAACUUCUCUGUGGAGCACCGCUAACAAAACAGAAGAUGGUCCUGAACUAAGAGCUUGGACUGCUUCUAACCAGCAUCCCUCAGCAGAACACAGCUCUGUAAUGGAGCACUAUUUAGUGGGGUUCUUUUUCUACUCUUUUUUUAAAUUAUUUUUAUUAAAGAGUUCUAGUCAUUGUGUCCUUGUCCUAAAACGUACUCUUUAAUCAAAUCAAAACUGCCCUUCACAUACAAACACUUGCUUUUUUGGGGAAUGUUAAUUCAUAUGGGUUUCUACACUCUUCUGCUACCUUGUACACUAUUAACAUAUCGAAAAUGUCCACGUUACACUAUCAUAUACUUUCCGAAACUUCAAAAGUUGAUUACUUUUGUUUAUAAGCACUGAAAAAUG